CGACUAUAUUCACUGCCAGAGGGGGAUUUGUGUGCGAAAAUGGCGACGUCUCGUCGCACUGCCCAGCAGCAACAACAACAACAAAACUUAUCCUCUCCACAAAGACCUGACUCCAGUCCCCUCUCACCUCCAGAAUCGCCCACCGACACCGGCGGUUUAGCGGCUGGCGGGGAGGCAGAAAGCAUCGGGGAUCCGGAGCUCAGUGCUGAAAUCCCCGCUGCGCUCCUCAGCACCAGCAGCAGCAGCUCCAGCUCGAGCAGCACUAGCUCAUCUACCACCGGCGGGGGCAGUAGUGCGGGCUCCACUCCCGACUCCGGCAGUGCCAGUCCUGGAGGCAGCGGCUGCGGGACGAGUGGGGCUUUCAGGGAGCUGUUUGAGGCCUGUAGGAAUGGGGACGUGUCUCGGGUGAAGAGACUGGUGGAUUCGGUCAAUGUAAACGCGAAGGACAUGGCCGGGCGCAAGUCCACCCCGCUUCACUUCGCUGCAGGUUUUGGAAGGAAAGACGUUGUGGAGCAUCUCCUGCAGACGGGGGCGAAUGUGCAUGCAAGAGACGAUGGAGGCUUAAUCCCGCUGCACAAUGCCUGUUCAUUCGGACAUGCGGAGGUGGUCAGUUUGCUGCUUUGCCAGGGAGCAGAUCCCAAUGCCAGAGACAACUGGAAUUACACUCCGCUCCAUGAAGCCGCCAUUAAGGGCAAAAUCGACGUUUGCAUUGUUCUACUCCAGCACGGCGCCGAUCCCAACAUCCGCAACACCGACGGCAAGUCUGCCCUGGACCUGGCCGACCCGUCCGCGAAAGCUGUCCUCACAGGAGAAUACAAGAAGGACGAACUCUUGGAAGCUGCGAGGAGCGGAAAUGAAGAGAAGCUCAUGGCACUGCUCACGCCGUUAAACGUCAACUGCCACGCCAGCGAUGGUCGUAAGUCCACUCCCCUGCAUCUGGCAGCCGGAUAUAACCGAGUCCGAAUAGUUCAGCUUCUGCUUCAACAUGGCGCUGAUGUUCAUGCUAAAGAUAAAGGGGGUCUUGUUCCUCUACACAAUGCCUGCUCAUAUGGACACUAUGAGGUUACAGAAUUGCUGCUGAAGCAUGGCGCUUGUGUCAAUGCCAUGGACCUCUGGCAGUUCACCCCACUGCACGAGGCUGCAUCGAAGAACCGUGUGGAAGUGUGUUCACUGCUGCUGAGUCACGGAGCAGACCCCACGCUGGUCAACUGCCAUGGGAAGAGUGCGGUGGACAUGGCCCCGACUCCUGAACUCAAAGAGAGGCUCACAUACGAGUUUAAGGGCCACUCUCUGCUUCAGGCGGCAAGGGAAGCAGACAUGACCAAGGUGAAGAAGACUUUAGCUUUGGAGAUCAUCAACUUCAAACACCCGCAGACGCACGAGACGGCACUGCACUGUGCGGUCGUUUCACCUCACCCAAAACGAAAACAGGUCACUGAACUGCUGCUGCGGAAAGGAGCCAAUGUCAAUGAGAAGAACAAAGACUUCAUGACGCCUCUCCAUGUGGCAGCAGAACGAGCGCACAACGACAUCCUGGAGGUUCUGCAGAAACAUGGGGCCAAGAUGAAUGCUGUUGACACACUGGGUCAGACGGCUUUGCACCGGGCGGCUCUGGCAGGACACUUACAGACAUGCAGAUUGCUGUUGAGUUAUGGAGCCGAUCCUGCCAUCGUCUCUCUGCAGGGCUUCACAGCCGCCCAGAUGGGCAAUGAAGCUGUACAGCAGAUCUUAAACGAAAACAUUCCAGUAAGGAACUCAGAUGUGGAUUAUAGACUCUUAGAGGCAGCAAAAGCUGGAGACUUGGACACUGUGAAGCAACUUUGCUCCCCUCAGAAUGUGAACUGUCGUGAUCUGGAGGGUCGUCACUCCACGCCGCUCCACUUUGCUGCCGGUUAUAAUCGUGUGGCCGUGGUUGAAUAUCUUUUACACCAUGGCGCCGACGUCCACGCCAAAGACAAAGGAGGUUUGGUGCCGCUGCAUAACGCCUGCUCGUAUGGUCAUUAUGAAGUGGCUGAGCUGCUAGUCAGACAUGGAGCAUCGGUCAACGUGGCUGACCUAUGGAAGUUCACCCCGCUGCACGAGGCUGCGGCCAAGGGCAAAUACGAGAUCUGCAAACUGCUUCUGAAGCACGGAGCAGACCCCACCAAGAAGAAUCGGGAUGGGAACACUCCAUUGGAUAUGGUGAAGGAGGGAGACACAGAUAUCCAGGACUUGCUCAGAGGCGAUGCAGCACUUCUGGACGCCGCCAAAAAAGGCUGCCUGGCCCGAGUCCAGAAGCUCUGCAGCCUGGAGAACAUCAACUGCAGAGACACACAGGGACGCAACUCCACUCCACUGCACCUGGCAGCUGGCUAUAACAAUCUGGAGGUAGCGGAGUAUUUACUUGAGCAUGGAGCAGACGUUAACGCACAGGACAAAGGUGGCCUUAUUCCCCUCCACAACGCAGCCUCGUACGGGCAUGUGGAUAUCGCAGCCCUGUUGAUCAAGUAUAACACCUGUGUAAAUGCCACUGAUAAAUGGGCCUUCACACCCCUUCAUGAGGCUGCACAAAAGGGCCGCACACAACUCUGUGCUCUGCUGCUGGCCCACGGGGCUGACCCCACCAUGAAGAACCAGGAGGGCCAGACACCACUUGACUUGGCCACGGCGGAUGAUAUCCGGGCGCUGUUGAUUGAUGCGAUGCCCCCUGAAGCGCUGCCUAGUUGUUUCAAGCCCCAGGCGACGGUGGUCAGCGCCUCUGUCAUCUCACCGGGAUCUACGCCUUCAUGCCUGUCUGCCGCCAGCAGCAUAGACAAUCUGGCCGGCCCUCUGACUGAGCUGGCCGUUUCUGGAGCCUCAGGCCCUGCUGAUGGGGCCACAGGAACUGAGAGGAAGGAGGGAGAAAUUACAAUUCUGGAUAUGAACAUCAGCCAGUUCCUGAAGAGCUUGGGCUUGGAGCAUUUGCGGGAUAUUUUUGAGCGGGAACAGAUUACUCUGGAUGUGCUGGCUGACAUGGGCCACGAGGAGCUCAAAGAGAUCGGGAUCAAUGCUUAUGGUCACAGGCACAAACUCAUCAAAGGCAUUGAGAGGCUGCUGGGCGGUCAACAAGGUGCCAACCCAUACCUGACGUUCCACUGUUCGGGUCAAGGCACAGUGCUGAUCGACCUGGCGCCCGAUGACAAAGAGUUUCAGUCAGUAGAGGAGGAGUUGCAAAGUACGAUCAGAGAGCAUAGAGAUGGAGGCAAUGCUGGAGGUGUUUUCAGCAGAUACAACAUCCUGAAGAUUCAGAAGGUGGUGAACAAGAAGCUGCGAGAGCGAUACACACAUCGACAGAAGGAGAUCGCAGAUGAAAACCACAACCAUCACAACGAGCGCAUGCUCUUUCAUGGCUCACCAUUCAUCAACGCCAUCAUCCAUAAAGGGUUUGAUGAACGACACGCUUACAUCGGUGGCAUGUUUGGAGCGGGCAUCUACUUUGCUGAAAACUCUUCCAAAAGCAACCAGUACGUGUACGGCAUCGGCGGAGGAACAGGCUGUCCAACACAUAAAGACCGCUCCUGUUAUAUCUGUCACAGGCAGAUGCUGUUUUGCCGGGUGACUCUGGGUAAAUCCUUCCUGCAAUUUAGUGCCAUGAAGAUGGCCCACGCUCCUCCUGGGCACCACUCUGUCAUCGGCAGACCCAGUGUCAACGGACUAGCCUAUGCCGAAUACGUCAUCUAUCGAGGAGAACAGGCCUACCCAGAGUACCUCAUCACAUACCAGAUCAUCAAGCCCGACAGCACACCCCCAUCCCCGGCAGGAGCAGAGCAGAAGUCCUAGUCCACAGAUCUCAAGACUGUUACUCUCACAUUUCAUCCAUAAACCUCUGCGCUGACUCUUCAUUUGCAGUUCUGCUCCAUGUCAGUUCCCCGUUGAGUGUUUACAAGAAAGAGUUGCCUUGACUUGGCCGAGUCUCCACCCUCGUCUUCAGGUCAGGGGUCUGGAUAUAAAUGCCAUAACGCUGUUUCAUGGCUAAAAUGAAACGUUGUGAAAGACAACAAGUGACCUCUUCCCUUACAUUCUACUACAUUUAACACCGUUUCAGGCAUUAAAAGGUGAUUGGUUACCC